UAUAUACCCUCUGAAAAGAAGUAUUGGUAGUACUGGAUUUACUAUCACCUUUCUAGUCGAAGUAACUGAUACUUAUUUUACAAAGAUUUUCUGUCAGAAUGGAGUUACCAAAUUACAAAAAAGAUCACGUGGCGUUACGGAUAUACAAAGGCACGUGCGUCUUUGACACGUGUGAAACAGAUGCCAUUCAAAACAUGUCAGUCCUCGAUGACGAUAUAUGGGUGCUUAGUUUUCCGAGAUCAGGCACUACAGUCACACAAGAGAUAGUAUAUUUGUUGGUCAACAAGUUAGACUUCAAAACCGCAAAAUCUCGCCCACUUGAUGAACGCUUUCCAUUUCUGGAUGCAUGUCUACCUGGUAUGCCUUACUUCCGCGGACUAAAGGGCGUCGAAGAACAGUCUACGCCGAGGCUUAUAAAAUCCCAUCUGCAUUACCAUGUUUUGCCACAAAGUUUGUACAGCAGUAAAUGCAAGAAAAUAUAUGUGAUGCGUAAUCCGAAAGACGUGUACGUUUCAUGUUAUAUGCUGACACAGUUUCUCGAUCAGUUACGACCGGAAGUUACACUGGAGACUUUUUUGGACCAAUGGCUGGAUGGUAAAGCAUACAAUACACCCUGGUGGUUACAUGUGCGUGCUUUCUGGGAACAUAGGCAUGAGAUCAACAACAUCCUGUUUCUUAAAUACGAAGAUAUCGUCAAGGACAUGAGGAAAACCAUAUAUCAGAUUGCGGAACAUCUAGGAGUUGCUGUGACACCUGAAGAAGUGGAUAAAAUUGCAGAGCACUGUAGUUUCCGUGAGAUGAAAGCCAGCAAGUCAACAAACGCUGGUUGGAUGCUAGAUCACUGGCAGGUUGACAAGAGAUUUGUUGGACACGUUAGGAAAGGCAAAGUAGGAGACUGGCGAAAUCACUUUAACUCUGACAUGAGUGAAAAAAUUGACAAAAUGGUGCAAGAAAAAGUAGGCGAUCUGGACCUGAAGUUUGAUUAUGGCGCUGAUGACCUGUCAACAUCAUAGUUUUGAUGGUACCAAUUUUCCCGGGAUUUCUGAACUGAAAACUUCUUGAAGAGUGAACAAAAAGAACAAUUAGAACUUCAUUCUUCAGUGGAGUUUAUAUUACAGUAGCUAUAAUAACUUUACACAAGAACAACAAAGCAGUACUAGUAUUAUUUAAGAUGAGAUCUGUUCAGCUACAUGAUUGUAAGAAGUCUAUGCUUUUAAAUAAGAACAUUUUAUACACUUACAGUUCCACACAUGAAAAUAAAACAGUAUUUAUCAUUGUUUGAAACAUUUACUUCGAUAAAAGAAAAUAAAAACAUCUUUACAUGCUCUAUUUUCGCAUUUGUAUUCAUAAUAAUAAAAAUA